AUGGUGAACGCCAAUACCAAUCACAUCGAUGCGUGGAAGGCUCGUCUGCAGAAUCUUUCCGAUCUGCUGUUGCCAACCGAUUAUCCAAGACCACUGCCGCCUCGCACCGUCGAAGAAGUUGAGGCUUUUGAAUUGCCCGAAAAAACUUUGUUAAGUAUCUUACAACUGUCCAUGGCCAAGGAAUAUGACGGUGCACAUCCUUCGCCGUUUUCGAUUCUUUUGGCGGCAUUCGCCGUGUUGUUGCAGCGUUACACGGGCGACGAAGCAUUUGCUGUGGGCUCGUCUUCUCCUUCCGGCAACCCAUUGGCUUUACGGUUAGACGUAGAUCCAUUGCAAUCAUUUGAACAGAUCUUGGAUAUGGUCAAUCAGGUGGAAGCUGAGGCUUUAGCGCAAGAAGUUCCCUUUGAACAACUUGUAGAAGCCGUGGAUAAGGGGACUGAUCCCGACAGUCGUCGUCCUUUGUUCCGUGUGCGUUUCUACAACGAAACCGAUACUCCCUCCCCCACUCAGUUGUCCUCCACUUCAGCAAGUACUGAUUUGACCAUCUUUAUCACAUCUCCCGAAGCUUCCACUUCCUUGCGUACCGCUUUCUUGCGCCCUAUUACCAUUCGUGUGGUCUAUAAUCAGAUCCUUUUCACCUCUCGACGCAUCCAUUACAUUCUCUCUCAAUUGAACUCUGUCCUUGACAACGCGGCUAAGUCCCAAACGCUUCCUGUGGGUCAAAUUCCACUGACGGAUGCUUCUAUCGAUCCUGCUCUGCCCGAUCCUACCACCGAUCUUCAUUGGUCCUUAUGGCGAGGUGCCGUAAGCGACAUUUUUGCCAGUAAUGCCGAGAAACAUCCCGAACGAACAUGCAUUGUCGAGACAUCUGAAACGCCUGGUGCGCCCCAGAUUGUCUAUACAUACCAGCAAAUCCACCAUGCCUCCAACUUGGUCGCCCAUUACCUGUUGGACAACGGUAUUCAGCGUGAGGAUGUGGUCAUGAUCUAUGCUUAUCGCGGUGUCGACCUUGUGGUCGCCAUCAUGGGUGUCUUGAAAGCGGGAGCUACCUUUAGUGUCAUUGAUCCUGCCUACCCGCCAGCACGUCAAGAAAUUUAUCUCUCUGUCGCCACUCCUCGUGGUCUCAUUGUUAUUGACCAGGCAGGCCAGAUCGCACCUUCCGUACGAGAAUACAUCAAGAAGGAGCAGCAAGUGGUUUGUGAAAUUCCCAGUUUGAGAAUCCAGCCCAACGGCCAUGUAUUGGGUGGUGCGGCUUCCAAUGGCCAAGAUAUCUUUGACGCCUCGCGCGAUCGCGCAGCUCAAAAUACCAAUGUGGUGAUUGGUCCCGACAGCAUCGGUACGCUCAGUUUCACCAGUGGCAGUACGGGUAUUCCCAAAGGUGUCCGCGGUCGUCACUUUUCUUUGACCCACUUUUAUCCAUGGAUGGCCCAGGAAUUCGGAAUUUCCAGUGAAGACAAGUUCACCAUGUUGUCCGGUAUUGCGCACGAUCCCAUUCAACGUGAUAUCUUCACCCCCUUGUUCUUUGGUGCCGAAUUACAUGUGCCUACCAGCGAAGAUAUCGGUGUUCCCGGCAAGUUGGCCGAAUGGAUGCAUCGUUCGCAAGUGACCAUUACCCAUUUGACUCCUGCCAUGGGUCAGCUUCUUUCAUCUCACGCUCAAAACGAAAUCCCCAGCCUUCGUAAUGCCUUUUUCGUCGGCGACAUCUUGACCAAACGUGACGCCGCUCGUAUUCAGAAAUACGCUCCCAAUGUUGCGGUCAUCAAUAUGUACGGUACUACCGAAACCCAGCGUUCAGUUUCUUACUAUGUGGUCCCUGCUCGAUCUUCACACCCGGCGUUUUUGAGCUCGCAAAAGGAAGUCAUUCCUGCCGGUAAGGGUAUGGUCAACGUCCAAUUGUUGGUGGUCAACCGACACGACCGUACCAAGAUGUGUGGUGUGGGUGAAAUUGGUGAAAUCUACGUACGCGCUCCCGGUCUGGCCGAAGGCUACCUCCGUCUUCCCGAUGCAACCAACGAAAAGUUCAUUCCCAACUGGUUUGUCAAGGAUCCCAAUGCCCAAGAUGAGCACAUCGAAGCAGUUGUCCAAGGAGAUGCCUGGAAGGAGUUUUACAAGGGAAAGCGCGAUCGUAUGUAUCGCUCGGGUGAUUUAGGUCGCUACCGCCCCGACGGCAAUGUGGAGUGCACUGGCCGUGCUGACGAUCAGGUGAAGAUUCGCGGCUUCCGCAUCGAACUCGGUGAAAUUGACACGCAUCUGUCGCAACAUCCUCUGAUUCGUGAAAACUGUACGUUGGUGCGUCGUGACAAGAAUGAGGAACAAACCUUGGUCGCCUACUUUGUCCCUGAAAAGAACGCCGAUGCUGAGCUUGGCAGUGCCACCGAGAAUGAUGAAGAAACCUACAACGAGACCGACGUCCGUUCUCGUCGCCGUUAUCGCAAAUUGGUCAAGAGCGUGCGUGAUUACCUCAAGCAAAAGUUGCCCUCGUAUGCCAUUCCUUCGGUAUUUGUCCCUCUGGUUCGCAUGCCUUUGACUCCGAACGGCAAGGUGGAUAAGAACGCACUUCCUUUCCCUGAUACUGCUCAGUUCCAGUCCAGUGCUUCGCCUGCCCCGGCCGCGGCUCUCUCCCAGCUUCCUGAAAUGUCCCAAAACGAACAGAUCAUUCACAGCAUCUGGCAAAAACUGCUCCCCUCGCCCGAUCCCGUCAUUGGUUUGGAUGAAAGCUUCUUUGACAUUGGCGGUCACUCGUUGAUUGCCACACGUCUCGUGUUUGAAAUCCGCCAGCAGUUCCAGGUCGAUGCCCCGCUUGGAUUGGUCUUUGCCGAACCUACCAUUCGCGGUUUGGCUCGUGAAGUCAGCAAGUUGCAGGACAGCGAUCUUUUGCUUGAUAAGGACGAGGAAGCCGAGAAGCAACCUGUUCCCGAGAAGGAAGCCGUGGAUUACGCUGCCGAUGUCGAAAAAUUGGCGGCUGAGUAUUUGCAGUCGACCUACCCCGCUCUUGCCGCUCAAAGCAACGCAGAACGUAUCAUUGUCUUGACUGGUGCCACGGGUUUCUUGGGCGCGUUCAUCUUGGCUCGUUUGUUGAGCUACGAAAAGACUCGCGUAGUGUGUAUUGUGCGUGCCAAAGAUGCAGCUACGGCUCACGAUCGUGUGAAACAGACGGCCGUCAAUCAUGCUGUGUGGGAUGAUGCUUUCGAGAGUCGUAUCGAAGCCGUGUGCGGUGAUCUGGCCAGUGAGCGCCUUGGCUUAUCCAAUGCCGACUGGGAUCGUCUUGCUCAAGCGGAUGUCGUUGUUCACAAUGGUGCUCUGGUCCAUUGGGUGUACCCUUACCACCAACUUCGCGCUCCCAACGUUAUCGGUACUCUGUGGGCCAUGCGCCUUGCCUCGGAUCAAAAGCAGAAAUCGUUCCACUUUGUCUCCUCCACCUCGGUGCUCGACAGCAACUAUUACGUAGAAAAGGGCUCCUGCGUGUUGGAAUCCGACGAUCUCGAAGGAUCGCGUACUGGGCUGACGUCGGGUUACGGUCAGAGCAAGUGGGUGGCUGAAAAGUUGAUCAUGGAAGCUGCGCGCCGUGGUAUGCCUGCCACCAUUAUUCGUCCGGGUUACAUUCUUGGCGAUUCACACACUGGUGUGACCAACACCGAUGACUUUAUCUGGCGCUUGAUCAAGGGUUGUAUUGAAUUGGGUUACGUGCCUGCCAUCUCCAACGUCGUGAACUGUUGUGCUGUGAACUACGUUGCUUCCGUGGUGGCCGGUGCUGCUUUCUAUGACAAUCAAUCCAGCCAGCUCGGUGUUCUCCAAGUGACUCAUCCACUCAAUUUCACCUUCAACGACUUGUUUGCUACCUUGUCUACCUAUGGUUACAGCUGCCAACAAACCGAAUACAUCGACUGGCGUAACAAGCUGAUGGAUUACACUUUGCAAUCACAAGACCAUUCUUUGUUCCCACUGCUCCAUUUCGUCCUGGAUGAUUUGCCGACUUCCACCAAGAGCGCACCAUUGAGUGACCAAAACACGCAACAAAUUUUGGCUCAAGACGGCAUCCAAUGUCCCUUGAUGGGUGACGAUUUGAUGGGUCUUUACUAUGCCUAUCUUAUCAAGGCCGGUUAUUUACCCACCCCUCCCAAGCAAGGCCGCGCUUUGCCUCAAUUAGAUAUUAAAGUCCACUUGCUCAAGCGUAGUGGCGCUGCUUAG